UCCUUCCCCGGGACGGUUUUGAUGUCACUCCAGUGUCUGCACUUUGCCAGUGCUAGCCGCUUCUUUGUAGUAAAGUUUUAUCAUUAUAAAGUGUUCUUCUCUACCUCAGCUGCUACAAGAUGGCGGGAAACUUUUGGCAAAGUUCUCAUUAUCUGCAGUGGGUUCUCGACAAACAGGACCUGAUGAAAGAGCGCCAGAAGGAUCUGAAGUUUCUCUCAGAAGAGGAGUACUGGAAGCUGCAGAUUUUCUUUGCAAAUGUGAUCCAGGCUUUGGGGGAACACCUGAAGCUGCGACAGCAGGUCAUUGCUACCGCAACUGUUUACUUCAAACGCUUCUAUGCCAGGUAUUCCCUGAAAAGUAUAGACCCAGUGCUCAUGGCUCCUACCUGUGUCUUCCUGGCUUCUAAAGUUGAGGAAUUUGGAGUUGUGUCCAAUACCAGGCUGAUCUCGGCAGCAACAUCUGUGUUGAAAACAAGAUUUUCCUAUGCCUUUCCAAAGGAGUUCCCUUACAGAAUGAAUCAUAUAUUAGAAUGUGAGUUCUACCUUCUGGAGUUGAUGGACUGCUGCCUGAUAGUGUACCACCCCUACAGACCACUGUUGCAGUAUGUGCAGGAUAUGGGACAGGAAGACAUGCUGCUGCCCCUGGCCUGGCGAAUAGUGAAUGACACAUACAGGACGGAUCUGUGUCUGCUCUACCCUCCAUUCAUGAUUGCCCUGGCCUGUCUUCAUGUUGCCUGCGUGGUACAGCAGAAAGAUGCCCGGCAGUGGUUUGCAGAGCUCUCUGUUGACAUGGACAAAAUCCUGGAGAUCAUCCGUGUGAUUCUAAAGCUCUAUGACCAGUGGAAAAACUUUGAUGACAGAAAGGAGAUAGCUGCCGUUCUCAACAAGAUGCCAAAGCCCAAACCUCCUCCUAACAGUGAAAGUGACCAGAGCUCCAAUGGAAACCAAAGCAACUCCUACAGCCAGUCCUAGCGUGGCGUCUAUAUUUCCGUGGGAAUCCAUAUAUUUAAUUUUAAAAUGUCACACAGCACAACCUUUUGUGACGUUAGCUUGGGGGGGGGGGGGUCCUUUAUCUACGCCCAGCAAGCUCUCGAGAGCCACAUCUUCACUUUUCGCCUUCGGUGAUCAAUAUGGGUUCAUGGAUUCAGCGAGCAGCCACUGAAAUGCCUGCAGUGAGCAGCCAAUCUGUGACAACAGUUUUGUCUUCUCAAUGCAGUUCUGUACUCUGCUUCAGACUUAAAAUGAACUCAUAACUGAUGAACAUUUGGGGGUAAGGAGAGGGGAGCUGGGAAUGUGGGAACACUGAUAAAACCAAUGUGGUGGUUUAAUAGAAACCUGCUUUAAGGUCAUUGUGAUGAUCCUGACAUCCUUGAACAGCCCAGAGGAGCAAGUCCUUUCAUGUGGAGCUCCGUGGGAUUCGAGAAAACUUGAUCACAAGGUUUGUGUGUUGUGUGUGUGUGUGUUCGUUCCUCAGGGACUAUAAUAGUCUGUAAAAUGGUUAGAUCCUGUGCAGAUCUGAUUGGAUACCACCCUGUGUAACUGUGAUGUGAUCGGAUACCUCUGCCCUGCGAGGUCUCUGCUGGUUGAUCAUGAACCAUGGCAGGAUAAAGCCCAGGAGAAGUUCCUUGUUAGGGUAGAUAAUAACUCUUUGAAUCCAAGAAUUUACUGUUUUGAAUCAUGACAACUUCACCUCCUCCAUUCCAUUCCCUCUUUCCUUUUGUAGAUAGCCAUAUAAUUCUAUUCAUUUGUUUUAUCUUACAUGUUUUGGUUUAAUUAUGGAAACUUAAAUUGGAAAUUUUCAUUUGUUCUGCUUUAGUUGUAGAAUAAUGUGUUGCAUAAAGCUAUAUUUUGUAAAUAUUUUGUUUUUGAAUUGUCAAAGAAUGGCUUUUUGGACUAAACGUAAACCACAAUCGUUCUAGAUUUGUCUGCAAACUUUUGGUUGUAUAUUAUUUUCAAUCUAUCGUCUGCCAUCUAUUUAAUUGCUGAAUUGUGACAAUAUAUUUGUGUCCAAACUUUUGACUGGUACUCUAUACCUGUAGAUGUCUCUAUAUUUUUGUGAUCUAAUACAGUGGGAGUUGUGUGUGUGUGUGGCUGUACUCUAAACAAGGUGCUUUAAAGCCUUACAAAAUGAAAGCUGCUGGGUACAGAGAGAACCCUUUAUAAAAGCACAUUGUCCAGUUCAGUCAAAUUGUAAAAUGUAAUUUAGGGCUGGAUGUUGUAUUGCUUUGAUGCAUCUUCAUUUGUUCACCUCAUUUUGUCGCUAUUGGAAGAACAACUAACAAGGCACAAAAACAUGGUGUUAAAUGGCCACUAGACAUCACUUGGCCUCAGAGAAGCCACGGAGGCAGGUUGGAUGCAGCCUUGUUCUGCCUUUGCCGCCGGGCAGUUUCCUCCCUUCCAGCAGCUCCAUCUGUUACAUGACAUGUUCUCAUGAAUGGGCGUGAGACUGUAGAGGGCUUCACCCAACCUAAAUAAUCCUACUAGUCCUGGUAAAAACGUUUUCCACAAUUGAUUUAUUACUUGAAAGUCUGUUUAUCAGUUUUGGAGGAUCAUUUAUGGUAAUAAAAAUGUA